AUUGAAAAGAAAUCCUCCUUCCCUCCCUCUCCGCAAAAAUCAUUGCUCGCCAAACCCCAACGCCCCCACACAACCCAGCAACAAUAGCAUAGGGCUUCGUUCCCAAUCCCUCUCGCUUACUCACACUCUCUCAUUGGAUCUGAGUUCUAAGCCAAAAACUCGCCUGGUUUCGUCCCCUUUCUUGUCCGAUCCCUUCUUCCUAUUGCUUUCGCACCAAUUUACUCUUCCUCAGCGCACCAAUAGCGCUGCAGAUCCAACCCCAAUACUAUAGCUCUUACUUCUCAGGUAUCUACUCCGACGAAAUCCCAUUCUGAUCUGAUCGAUUUCUGGGCAUUUUCAUUCAAAUGGGAAUGCCCAAUAAACGAUGAGCAGAGCCGGGGACGAAGAGGACGAAGACGAGUGCUUCUACGAGUCCCACGACCGAUUAGUUUCCUCAUCGUGUUCUUGUUCCACUUCCAACUCCGACGACGAUAAUGACUCCUAUUCCAACUCUCCCAAUUAUGUUGCUUCGACCCAACCAUUCCCUGUCCCCAAAUUCCCAGUCGCCAUGUCCAAGUACGAUAUAUGGAUCUCCGAACCCUCCUCGGUGUCGGAACGCCGGACCCGUCUCCUCCGCGAGAUGGGCCUCAGCGGCGACCCAUCAUUGUCACGGGGAAAGCCUGCAUCCGCCGCUGAUCUUAGAGAAGUGGGCAAUGGAGAGUUUGGGCGAUCGGUUUCGUCCGAUCACUUGAGCCAUCAACAACAGCCCGCAAGUUCCGGUUGCUCCACCGGCAUAUUCCGAUCGAAAUCAGACGGUGCAGCGGAUCGCAGUGACUUGUCUGUGUCUGGUCAGUCUCAUGAUCGUUGUAAUAUGUCUUCUUUUUGUUCGUCUUCUUCAAUUCUUUCGAUUCAUUCGGUCGCGCCUGAGACCGGUUCAUUUGUAAAUAACCGUAAUGUCGUCGUUAAGUCAAGGGGAGUUAAUGGUAAUGGAUCACCCGUUGCUAGUGCCGCUUCCCUUAAUAAGCCGCCUUCUGGGAAAAAUUGUAGAAGGGUGGAUGAAAUUCAAAGCGAAUCCUCGAACUUGAGUCUGGAUUUCGGUCAUAGUUUGGUGGUGUCCGUUUCGGAAAUUGCUGGUGGGGAUGUAGAGGAGGUUGUGGACUGUAAUGGGGUUGACCGGGUGAAUGAACAAGUGUGUACGAUAAGAGAUCUUGAUAAUGGGAAGGAGUUUGUGGUCAAGGAGGUCAGGGAAGACGGAACGUGGAGCAAACUCAAAGAAGUGGGGACUGGAAGGCAGUUGACCAUGGAGGAAUUUGAGAUGACAGUUGGACACUCUCCAAUAGUUCAAGAAUUAAUGAGACGGCAAAAUGUUGAGGAGGGAAAUAAGGAUAAUGUAGAUUCUAAUGCGAGUGGUGGUAGUGAAGGGGGUUCCAAGCCAAAGAAGAAGGUGGGUUGGUUUAAGAGUAUAAAGAGUGUUGCAAGCACCAUGACGGGUUACAAAGAGAGACGAAGCAGUGAUGAAAGAGAUACCUCAUCUGAGAAGGGUGGGCGCCGGUCAAGCUCAGCAACGGAUGAUAGUCAGGAUGGUUCAUUUCAUGGGCCUGAGAGAGUACGGGUUAGGCAGUACGGGAAGUCUUGCAAAGAGCUUACAGGACUUUACAAAAGCCAGGAAAUACAGGCUCAUAAUGGAUCUAUAUGGAGCAUUAAGUUUAGUUUGGAUGGAAAAUAUCUUGCCAGUGCAGGUGAGGAUUGUGUGAUACAUGUUUGGCAAGUUGUGGAGUCAGAGAGGAAGGGGGAGCUGCUGAUGGAGAAAGCAGAAGAUGGGAACAUGAACAUGUUGUUUGUUGUGAAUGGGUCGCCAGAGCGAACUCUGCUCUCCCCUGCAAUGGACAAUCAUCCAGACAAGAAGAGAAGGGGAAGGUCAUCCAUAAGCAGAAAAUCGUUGAGCUUGGACCAAUUAAUGGUGCCAGAAACCAUUUUUGCACUCACAGAAAAACCCAUUUGCUCAUUCCAAGGCCAUCUUGAUGAUGUCCUUGACCUAUCUUGGUCCAAGUCUCAGCAUUUGCUCUCAUCUUCUAUGGACAAAACAGUGCGGCUGUGGCACUUGACUAGCGAGACUUGUUUGAAAGUUUUUUCACACAGUGACUUUGUAACCUGCAUCCAGUUUAAUCCUGUUGAUGAUAGAUACUUCAUUAGUGGAUCACUGGAUUCUAAAGUUCGCAUAUGGAGCAUUCCUGAUCGUCAAGUUGUUGAUUAUACUGAUCUACAUGAGAUGGUCACUGCGGCUUGCUAUACAUCUGAUGGGCAGGGUGCAUUAGUUGGUUCUUACAAGGGUAGCUGCCAUUUAUAUGAUACAUCUGAUAAUAAGUUGCAACAGAAAAGUCAAAUCAAUUUGCAGAACAAGAAGAAGAAAUCACAUCACAAGAAAAUCACUGGCUUCCAGUUUGCCCCGGGAAGUUCUUCGGAAGUACUUAUCACGUCUGCUGAUUCAAGGAUUCGGGUGGUUGAUGGUGUUGAUCUGGUCCACAAGUUCAAAGGAUUUCGUAACUCAAAUAGCCAGAUUUCUGCCUCUCUCACAGCAAAUGGUAAAUAUGUAAUCUCAGCAAGUGAGGAUUCCCAUGUAUAUAUAUGGAAAAAUGAAGCUGAUUGCAGGCCUAACCGGAGCAAAGGUGUCACUGUAACACAAUCUUAUGAACAUUUUCACUGUAAAGAUGUUUCAGUGGCGAUUCCUUGGCCCGGUAUGGGUGAUGCUUGGGAAAUGGCGGAUACUUUCUCUGGAGAACAGACCGGGGAUGAUAAUAUUCUGGAUGAUGUCAUGUCCGCCAAUCAUCCUCCUACACCGGUGGAGGAAAUUUUUGGUACUGAUGGUUCACAAUCAGCAUCAGGAUGCACCAACAGUCCUCUUCAUGGAACGAUUGCUAGCACAACAAACGAUUACUUCUUUGAUAGAAUUUCUGCGACAUGGCCGGAAGAAAAGCUUGUUGUAGCUGCAAGGAACCGAACCCCUCGUGUCAGCACGGAUCUCUCCAGCGGGGUAAGCCAAAACAUGUCAGCCUGGGGUAUGGUGAUUGUAACUGCUGGCCUUCGAGGGGAAAUUAGAACUUUCCAAAAUUUUGGAUUGCCGCUUCGGAUAUAAUGAAGAGGUGAUAAAGAACGAUGGGGAGAGAAUUGGAUGGAUGAUUUUCAUCUCAGAAGGUGGUAGAUUUCACUUUCUCCAUUAGUUGAAGAUUUGUACAGAGAGAUAUUGGGUGAGAUUUGUAAUGGUAGAGGGGUUUCCAUUUCCUUCCUUGCCUUGUGCUUAUCGGAUGAGGAGAUAGGUCGCCACUCCGGUUGGUGCAGGAAGCGGGAAGAGAAAUUGUUAAAAGGAAAAAGAGAAAAAAAAAGAAGAAAAAAAGUACAGCAGGAAUUUAGAAACCGGUUGGGUUCAUGCAAUCGGGAAAUGUAGAGUAAUGAGAAUGGGAAAAGCUUAUUGAAUUACAAUGUCAAUGAAGAUUCUUUCACACUA